AUGUCUGUUGGAAGUAGUGGAUUUGUUUCUUGUCCUCGGCCUUCGGUAGAUGCAUACCAAAGUUUUUCCCCCCUCAGUCGAAUUGCCUUCUCGAAGAACGAAAAAUGGAUCGAGUAUUUGUUUGCUGAUUUAAAAGAAAAGGUCAAUCAUCUCUUAAAAAUAUGGGAUGAUAUUGGUCUUGACGAAAAGCCCUACGAAGAACGCAAGUGCAUACUAAAGCGACACUUGGACAUGUUAUUAGAUAAUAUGAUAUCUGAGGAAGAAAGAUCUGUUGCUCAUCUUCAUUCAGUCGUAGACGAAAUGGAGGUGAAAGUCAGUAAGCUAAAUAGUAUUCUCGGUUUGAAGGAAAAACCACUGCAGCACAAUCUCCCUCUUAUUGUACGCGAGCGAAAUUUGGCAGAGGCUUAUAAACAUCUUUCAGUUAUGGUGUCAAGCCGGAUCGAUCGUUUCAGAUCCCUAGCAGCUGAACAUCAACGCCUCAGUAAGGCAUUGGGCAGACCUCUUAAGCAUUACACCUAUGAUUAUGCCCCUUCACCACAAUUACUCGAGGCAAUCGAACAUGAUAUUAACGAACUCCUCAUAAAGCUGGCACAGCGAUAUGCUGAAACGUGCAAUCACAAGGUAUCCAAUCAAGUCAUAGAAAGCGAUGCUACUACUGGGAAAAAUGACGACUUUACCUUGUCCUCAGGCACAUGUGACGAAAACUCAACAAAUACAAGCAUCUCAACUUUUCUGAGCUUAAAGAAGCGUGUUGCAGCUAUUAGGGAGUCCGCACAGACUGAAAGGUUGAAGGAGGCAAUCAGGUCGAACCUGCUCGAUUUACACAAACUUUUUGAUGAAUGUUUGGUAGAUCCAUGUAUACGUGAGCUUUACCCACUGGAUCCCAACGAAAGCUCGUUGGAUGAGGUGUAUCUAGAGCACCUGGAAAAUCAAAUCAAGGAUUGGCAGGACUAUCGCACCCUCCACACUGACGCGAUUGCUGCUUUCUAUUCGUGGCGCGCAUCAUUCGCUCGUCUACUUCAAGUUGAGGGACAGCUAUACGAAUCAAAACAUCUACCGACACAAAGUAAGGAUCUUUUCAAACUGGAAAGGGAAGCCACCUCAAUCAGGGAGCGGAUUCUUCCUCAACUUGAGAAGCUCUUGUUUUCAGUGGCGCACAAAAGUGAGGAUUUCAAGGUCUUUGGUCUUCCCGCCAAGGUGUACGUUGAGGAGGCGAGAAGGGAGGCUGAUCGAGCUCCACCAGGAACACAGAGGCUCAGCCCAGAAAAGCAGGCUCAACUUCUGUCGAAAUCUGUCAUGUCUCUGCGUACUUCUAACGCCACCAGAGCUGGAAAUUAUUCUCGAAAAUCUAUAUUGAAACCUAAUCAAUCGCCAAAAUCGGCUAUUUCCACAGUCCGAGCUCGUUCAGGUGGUGCAAACUUGCGACCUGGUUUUUAUUCUCGGUUUAAGAGUCCCUUCCCCGACAAAAACCAAUCAGCUUCAGCGGUUUUCAAUUCUGCUGCCCUCAUCGAUCAAAAGCCCGCCAUUCAGAAGGUUGAAUGGCCCAAACUGAGAGACGAAGUAGGCGCUUCUGGUUCUCCAAGUAUUUCAUCAAUUUCGAAGGCUGCUGCGCUAAGUCGACUUCGUGCACCGCGUGUUAUGGUGGAUUCUGCCUCAAAAAAUUCGGGUUUCUCUGCUUCUUGUGGAAGGUUAAGGCAUAUGACUCCACGGGCUGUUCGGCUACUUGCAGAGUCGCCACGUCCGAUAUCAGUGAUAGAUCUUUUCGGCUGUGGUGGCAACAAGCCUGCCCAAGCUUCGAGUGGACUGAAGACCCCAACAGGUUUAGGGGCUUCGUCGACUAAAACUACUGUGUCAUGGUUUGAUGGGAGUUCAAGCCUAGGCGAUCUGACCUCCAGUUAUUCUAGUCUUUGGGUUCAUAACAGAGACAUUAACCUUGGCACACACCAACCGGUAUCCCCUACCUCAGUAAAAAGUGACUCCAUCUUCGCGACACCCAUUGGUCGAGCCCCUACAGCUCGCAAGAAGGGUACAACCACUCCGAAGGCAUCGGCCUCUUGCAGUUAUUUGAACCGGCUAACACCACGAGCUGUCCCACUGCCUAAGGAGCCAUCCUGUCCAGUCUCAGUGGUAGAUCUUUUUAGACAUCGGCGUAGCAACGUUAAUCGUCUCACUCCAAUGGGUAACAGCGCAACGGAAAUUGAGAAUAGAAAUGCUCCAGGCCCCAAGAAUGCGGCGACCUCAGGAUGGCAGCCAAGGUCGGACAAGGCAACGACUUCGCAAGAUGCAUCAAAUGAUCGAAUGAUAACCUCAAGCCUUUCCUCCUUCUCCUCCUCUUCUGUCCUCAAGAGCAAUCAAUCGGUAUCCCCCACCUCCACUAAAGGCGAAACGAUCUUCGUUACGCCUGUCGGUCGAGCUCCUGUCGCACGCAGGCUACAAAAAAUGGACAGCCUUCAUACUACCCCAUCGACCCCAACGCCGGCUACACCAAGUCGACUUCGCACGCCGCGUGUUGUGACGAGGUUUGCAGCUGUAACUCCAACCCUGCUAACCCCCUGCAGUCGGCUGGAUCAAAUGACACCACGUGCUCUUCCACCACCUAAGGAGCCGCCACGCACGGUCUCAGUGGUCAAUUUUUUUCGCCGUGAUGGCGAACGUGAUGCGACCAAUGGUACGCCUUUAAGUAGAUGGAGAACCAGAAGGUUAAGAACCCCAAAUGAUAGUGAAAGGCCGGGGGAACUUUGCGCCCAUCUGUUCGCAGACGGUUAUCUUGAACGGAUAGGCACGUCCCAUGUGACGCUGGCGGCGAACACGUAA